UGUGGAGUGCGACAGUGGUUUGGGGCGGGGUGCGGGCGCACGCAGUCUCGCCCACCUGUCUUGUCUGCCAUCGUCAUGCACAUUGAACUUGAUGCCGAGUACGGCUAUGUGAUCCUCGCCACCAUCGGCCUCAUGAUCACCAACCUGCUGCUAGGCGAACGAGUGGCCUUGGCCCGCAAGAAGUACCACGUCAAGCUGCCGGCCAUGUACGGGCCGGACACCAAGGAGGGCAACGCGUUCUCGCGCAUUCAGCGCGGGCAUCAGAACUUCCUCGAGACGCUCCCGGACGUCUUUGUCGCCCAUCUCAUCUGCGGCCUCACUCGCCCACUCCUCACCUCGGCCAUGUGCGCACUGUACAUCGCCGGCCGCUUUGCCUACGCUUAUGGCUACGCCUCGGCGCCCAAGCUCCGCCUCUACGGCACACCGUUCAUCGUUAUCGCCCGCCUUUUCCACCUCUAUGGCCUUGGCGAGAUGGUGUAUUCCAUGCUCUACGCCUCGUCGUCGCCGCAGUGAGCGCCCCGAGCCAUCGCGCCGUCCAGCCAUUGCGCCCCAAGGCCGAGCAGCCCCCGAUCAUUGGAUUACAUCAGCGGCUGGAUUCUC